CUGCUGCAUUCCCUUCUUUCAUGUCCUGAUGGUGAGAAGGCUCAGGAGAAGGGGCAUCGCUCAGACUGGCAGCGCCCGGCAUUGAACUUCUUCUGAUACAUUGUUGCACUAUGUGGAUGGACUGAUACAAUAUUUCCAGGAGUUAUUGAGAGUCGUGUGGCCCCUGGAUCUGGCCCCCAGCUGUUGCCAUCUGUCUGGACUGAAGAUGAGGACCCUCCUGACCCUCUCCCUGCUGCUCAUCUCCAAGGUGGCUGUGGGGGACACGUGUCCGAGCGGUCGGUAUACACAGGCCGGGGGGUGCUGCUCCCUCUGCCCCCCGGGUUACGGGGUGUCCGUCCCCUGUGGAGAAUCGGAUACGGUGUGCGAGCCGUGCAGAAAAAAUUCCACCUUCUCCGAUGUGUCCAGUGCCACUGCGGGGUGCCAGCCCUGCUCCAGCUGCCAGGGUGCCAUGCAGUCCGUGCACUCCACCUGCACCCCCACACAAGACACCGCCUGCCACUGUCCUGACGGCCACUACCUCAGUGACGGCGUCUGCCUCGCCUGCCAGGUGUGCUCCAAAGGCCAUGGCGCCAAGACGCCCUGCAGCCGCACCGAGAACACGGAGUGCCAGCUCUGCCCGCCGGGCUCCUACUCAGAGGUGAAGAGCAGCGUGUCCCCCUGCCUGCCCUGCCGGACCCAGUGCCUGGAGAGCGAGGUCCAGAUCGGGGACUGCACGCCGCUCCACGACUUCCUCUGUAUGAAUAAAGAUGUGCCGAUUCUGAAACGGAAGGAUGAUAACAGUUCGAUGUUUACAUCACUGGAAGACAAUAAAGAUCUAUCGCACACAGAUGGCAAUGGACACACAGAGGAGAACACGACGAUGUCCGGCUCCCCUCAGUUCAUCUCUCCAGAGGACCAUAGUAAAAACAUUAUCCCUGUCUACUGUUCCAUCUUGGCUGCGGUGGUUGUUGGGCUCAUAGGAUAUGUUGCCUUUAAGUGCUGGGUCUCUUGCAAGCAGAAGAAACUCCUGGCCAAGCAAAGGGCAGGAGAACUAGCAGCAUCCGGUGAGGGCGAGAAGCUUCAUAGCGACAGUGGAGUUUUCCUAGACACGCACAGCCUACAGGAACAGAACCAACUGAACAAAGCCAAAUUGGAGCCAAAGCUUUACAUCAACCUCCCGCCGCACAAACAAGAAGAAGUGGAGCGUCUCUUGACCGACACCAGCCGCGGGAAGGACUGGCAACGACUGGCUAGCUUGCUGGGUUAUGAAGAAGACACGAUAGAUACUUUCGGUAGAGGAGAAGAUCCAGUUCAUACUCUUCUUACUGACUGGUCAUCCAAGGACAGCUCCACGCUGGAAGUGUUGUGUGCAGCCUUGGUCAACAUGGAGCGGGCUGACGUGGUGGAGAGCCUGAACAGCACAGCUGAUGCCAGCUCUGUGGUGUAACCCCCAUCGUUCUUGUCCAGAGAGGACUGGAGAUUUGAUACCAAACAUAUUAGGUGGACAUUUUUAAACAAAUAUGGUGAAUUUUUCACACAAAAAAAAAAAAAAAAAGACUGGUGCUGACAAAUGUUAGACUGAUGUUCUGGAGGAAGCCUGGUUCAGUUGGAGUCUUCUCCUUAUGAAUAAUGGAAUGCUGCCACCUUCUUCUUCAUCUACUUACCUUCUUACGGUGCGGUCAUGUGACAGAGGACGACCUACUGGGCUGGAUCCUUGAUUCAGGACCACUAAGAAACUUUUUGGGGGGAACAUGGAUGGAUUAAACAUAACCAUCUUUGGGAGUUUUUGCAUGAUGUCUGGUUCAUGUCAUGAUGGUGCCUUCUUCGUCUAAACCUCGUCCUCCACAACCUAUGAUGUCAGAAUUGACCGUCCUCCUGUUCUGUACUCACGUUAGUGGCCACAUUCAGGGUCGUUGUGGUUUCUUUUGUUGCUUUUUAUCAUUUUUUUUAUAUUUUUGCUAUGGAGGAAAUUUAAAUUCUUGUGCAUUUUUAUUUUAUUUUACAUUAUACCUGGAAGUUAAAGCCAUAGCUCAGAAUGGACGCCGCGGGCGAUGAUUUGGUUUCUUUUCACUUCACCACAGAACAUGGAAGAGGAUGGAAUGUAAUUUUUUGUGUUAAUAUUUUAUUUUAAACAGUUUCUUGAAAUUUUUGUAAAUGAAAUCUUUUUCAUACGAUUUUGGGGCGCCUCUGAGAGGUCCUCUCCGCUGUUUCAUGUAAUAUCUCCCCGAUAUUAAAUGUUAUUUUUAUUUCAGAAA